AUGGAAUCCACAACCACAGCCAUGACCGACUGGUGCGGUUACCUCAAUCGCUACUUCCCAACCGCGGACGGAUACCGCCUGGAGAUCGUCCGUGGUCAUUACCACAGCCAAGGACACUACGUUGAGAUCCAUGUGUCCCGAUUCCAGUCGGGUACCUUCUUGGCCUUUGUCAGUAUGCCCAUGGCUGAGGAGGGUGACUGGGAGGACCACCGCGGGUGCAUUGAGCACAUUUGGAAGACCACCCGGGAGAGUCUCCCUGAGUGGGUGCUCCCGUAUGGAAUCGCCGAAUGUGGUGGUAAGCUGGCGUUUUAUAUUGGCACUCAUUUGAGUGACUGGGCACAGCACGUGAUGGUGUAUCGCAAUGAGUAUUUGACGAUCGGCCGGGAUGACUGGCUGAUUAAUGAUUACCUUGCUCGCCUUCGUGUUUGCGUGGGAGCUGAGAGUGAGAUUUGCUCUUGCUCCUGUGAGGAGAGGUCUGAGGCCUGCUCUUGCUCCUGUGAGGAGAGAUCUGAGGCUUGCUCUUGCUCCUGUGAGGAGAAGUCUGAGGCGAUGUCUGAGGGGGUUUGUGAGGGGGUGUCUAAGACGGUGGUUGAGGGGGAGCCCGAGGCAAUGUCUGAGGGGGAGCCCGAGCCCACGCCUGAGGGAGAGCCGGAGGCAAUGUCUGAGGGGGUGUCUGAAUAUGACGCCGAUUAUGAGCCCGAUCAUGAGGCUGAGUGUGGGACUGAUUGUGAAGGGGAGUGUGAGGCCGGGUGUGAGUGUGAAGCGAUGUCCGAUAAGGGGUCCGAGCCCAUGCUUGAGGAGGAGCCCGAGGCGAUGUCCGAGAGUGUCUCUGAGUAUGACGCCGAUCAUGAGAAUGAGGCUGAGGAUCUGGCUGAGUAUCAGCCUGCGUCUGCGCCUGAGUCUGCGCCAAAGUCUGCGCCGGAGCCUGCGCCUGAGUAUCCGGCUCAGUAUACACCUCAGUAUACGCUUCAGUAUCCGGUUCAGAAUACGCCUCAUAAUACGCCUCAGUAUCCGCCUCAGCAUACGCCUCAUAAUACGCCUCAGUAUCCGCCUCAGCAUACGCCUCAGCAUGCGCCUGAAUAUCCCACUCAGUCUGCACCUGAUUAUCCGCCGGAGUAUUCGGCUGACCGUCCACUGCCCCAUCAUGAGCCUGCUCAGGGGACUGACAUGAUCUCUGUGUUGAUUAGUUUGAUGACUGCCCUUGUGGAGGAAACCGAGGCGAACGCUAGGGCAACCGAGGCGAACUCUAGGGCAACUGAGGUAAUCUCUGAGGCAACUGAGGUGAUCUCUGAGGAAACCGAGGUGAUCACAUCUGCGACGGAUGCCGGAGUUACAUCUCAAGAUCUCUCCGAUUUGACUGAGAUGACUGAUCUGAGCGAGUUUGAGAUGCUCUCUGAUUAUGAAGAUAAGAUUGAACUUGAUGUGGUCCCUGAGGGAGAUUCUGAGGAAGAAGGUGGGGCGGCAUCUGGGGAGGGCGGUGCUAGUGAGACAUCGGGGGAGUUCUCCGAUUUGACUGAGUUGACCGAUUUGAGUGAGCCCGAGUGGUCAUCUGACGAUGAGCCUGAGGUGCAACCUGACGUGACUUCAGAGGAGGUCUCUGAGUUGACUGAGUUGACCAAUUUGACUGAGCCCGAGUGGUCGUCCGAGGGUGAGCCCCAGGUCCAACCCGAGGUGACACCUGAGGGGGAAGCUCAGGAGGGCACUGGGGUGACUGACGUGGCUGAGCCCGAGAUGCCUUCUGAAGAUCACGCUCGUCUUUGA